UCCAGUUCGUCUUGAACCAGCGAAGAAGUCUCACGAAGCUCUCUCCGUCUCUGUCCAACCGUCGAUCAUUCGACGGCUUAUCUCGCUCAAGUGAUGCAAAGUGCUGCUGUUGAUCUGCUCUUUAUGGUUGUUUACAAGUCAGCUUGUGAUAAGGUGCCAUCUUGAAAAAGAAUAAGAAGAAGCGAAUAAAGAAGAAGAAGAAGCCGCCCAAUCGGGGUCUCGUCAGGUUAUCUGGUCCUCGGACUGAACUGUUUUCCCGGUUCUUUCGGGCUUAACGUGAUUUCCUGCAAAAGCUGAGAAUUUGACUUUUUCGUUAGUGGGGUGGCGUUAAACGUGCUGUGAUUUUGGGGUUGUGAUUUUACGGUUUAAAUUUGCCGUUUUUUGGAUUAAGUUUUACCCUAGUCUUCUUGUGUAUCGUGUAUCGGAUAUCGGUGCAUCAAGGACCUCUGUGAUUUGAAUGGUGCUGGUGCUAGAGCUGCACGGUGGUGACUUCAGUUUGGACGUGCCCAGACAGCUGCAGCGGCAGCAGAAGAAGCAGCAGGUUGAAGAUUUGAGCAAGGCGCGCCAACGUCUGGUGUCGUCGUUGUCAUCGACCUUGCGACAAGAGUCUCAACACGAUUCGGCUUUGCGGCAGGAAACUCAACACGAUUUAGCCGACGCUCUUUUCCAUCAGUGUGGAGAGUGCAACAAAAUGGCCAGUCUGCCACAGGCCGCCUUCGCGGUGCACAAACUACGCAAACCUAAAAAUGAAAAGAAUCUUGCCGUGGCUCGUCAAAGCAUGGACAAACAGGAGUCACCACGUUUCAUGAAGACGCUGGACCUGACACCGGUCAAGUACAGCGAAAAGCUCAUGAACAGCAUCUGGGGCCUGUACAAUCGCUAUUCGCCGCACAACUUCAAGAAGAACAACGGAUCCGACCAGCAGUACUUUAGCAUGCCACAGCCAUUCGCUGUUGCAUGCGCCGCUUCCGAGCAAAAGAACUCUGGAGCAAAGAACGUCGACGACCCGUGGAAGUGACGAUCCCCUCGUCUUGACUUGAAUCGUCUUUGAUUUGAACUUAUGAAAUUUUUUGAUAUCAAUAUAGCUUGUAGUUUGGGGUUAUAUUUAGUGAUACUCACCUAUUCGGUAGUCGAUAAUAUAUGGGACUGAAUAAAUUGGAUUUAAAUUGGUA